UUAAGGCUGUCCUACCUCUUGGUCCCGGCUGCUCUUAGGGGGAUUCACUGCUACCUGCCUCACAGGGGUUUAAUGAGCUUACCUCCGGAAGAAGGCCAGCUUCUCUCUAUGCUUCUAAAGCUCAUGAAUGCAAAGAAGACAAUAGAGAUUGGGGUGUUCACAGGUUAUUCGCUCCUUGCGACAGCAUUGGCAUUACCAAAGGAUGGCAAGAUAAUGGCAAUUGACAUUGACAAGUCCUGCUACAAGAUAGGACUACCAUUUAUUCAAAAAGCAGGAGUCGAAAACAAGAUUAAUUUCAUUGAGUCAGAAGCAAUCCCUAUUCUUGAUAAAAUUAUUCAGGAGGAGAGGGAAGAAGACUCCUUUGAUUUUGCAUUUGUGGAUGCUGACAAGUUAAAUUAUGAAGAAUAUCACGAACGUUUGCUAAAACUUGUUAAGGUUGGUGGAGUUAUUGCAUAUGAUAAUACUCUUUGGUUUGGUACUGUGGCUGCUCCGGUGGAUCCUUCCCUUCCUGAAAUGGUUAUUGAAAUAAGAAAUUUCUUGAUGAAUUUUAAUGAUCUCUUGGCUGCUGAUUCUCGAAUUGAAAUAUCACAAGUUUGUAUUGGUGAUGGACUCACCAUCUGCAGGCAUAUUAUUUGAUGAGGUAGUUCAUGUUUGAUCCACAGAGGCAAGGCACUAAAGUCUUUUGCUAUCGCUCAUGUUAAGAAUCUUCACUAUCUAAGUGAAUCGAAUAAAUUUUCUACCA